AUGAGUUUUAAGAAAGAUCCAACUGAACUGAGACCGACACGGAAGGAAACAUCACUAACAAGAAAGGAAACAAACUUAUAUUUAUGCAAGGCAGAUAUAUUUCUACCCAGAACUGAGAUCCCAGCAACCCGAAAACACCUGGAGAAAAUUUUGAAUCAUGUUGACCCAGGCUGGAAAUUUAUCAGAAUUCGUGAUAAUGAAAGCUCCCCCCUGAAUACAAUAGAUAAACAUUUAAAUUUGAGUAACCAAACAGACAAUGAGGAGAGUGGUGUCCAGGCUCUUAGUGUGAUCAUCUUCCUAAACGAAGUGCAAUAUCAGGAAGUACUGGGAACUAUUCACAACGAAACUGAAAUUUGGCAAUUACGUCAUACAACUAAACUUUUAAACAACAUUGAUAGCUCUACUGUGAUUGGCUGUAUGGAUUUUUAUGAAUAUUCCCCGGAUUUGCCACUUUGGACAAUUUCUCCAAAACAUUUUGGAAGCAAAGUUUUAAGAUUUAAUAUUUUUGUUAAAGAUUUUGAAAAGAUGAGAGAAUAUUAUGAAAGACUAACAUUACAACAAUGUCAUUUUGUACGAAAAGGGUUUGGUAUCUUUAAAGUACAUUCGUACCCAGGUCUAGAAGUUCAAAUCUCGCUGAAAAGUGAACUGAAUGCGGAACUGCGUCCCACAAAGUCAGCGGUACUACGCUUAAAAUUUAGAAAACUUGAUGUAGCGCGAUGUAAUUUUGUUUCUAUUCUGGAGCAAAUCAAUCCCCAAGUCUGGCGUACCAAUGACCCAGAAGGGAAUGUUAUACUACUCGAAGAGAUUGGGAACGGGUCACAUGACAAGCGAACGAAGCGUCGUUCUAAAUGUGAAGCCACUAAGGAAGAGUUGGUUUUCGUAUAA